AUGAGGACCCUUGCUAAGAACGCACGGAUUAUUACUGGAGAGUCUCCUGAGCUGCAGCAACCACUGUCCUGCCUAGCGAUCCGAGACAACAUAAUCGAGUACAGAGGCCAGCUGGAGGACGCUGCCAUCGUUGACUUUCUGCGCCACGAUGAUGUGAAACAAGUCGACUUGGGCGGCCGCAAUAUCCUCCCUGCGUUUGUGGAUGGCCACGUCCACCUCCUGCACUUUGGAAUUUCCCUCUCCAAGAUCGACCUGGGAGACCGCGGCAGCCUGGACGACAUUCGUCAAGCCAUCAAAACAGCAGCAGCCAGUAGACCUGAUGCGAAGCGGCUACUCUUCCACCGCUGGAAACAGUCUGCCAUACCAGGCAAGGUUACGAGCUCAAUGCUGGAGGGCUUGGACCCGCGACCCAUCUACAUUGACGCGCACGACUUGCACUCUGCAUGGUGCAACGGCGCUGCACUAGACGAGCUGAAUCUCCCUGCAACUGACCCGCCAGGCGGCAUCAUCCAUCGUGACGAGCAUGGCACACCCACGGGCUUGUUGGAAGAGGGCGCGGUGGUGAGCCUGGUCUGGCCAUUCCUUGCCGACCUCAUGUCCCGCGCAGAGAAGCUGGAUCGGAUCCGGGAAGCCGUUUCGAUUUACAACCGUGCCGGUUACACCACGGUCAUCGACAUGGCUGUAACUCAAGAGUACUGGGAGCUGCUGCACGAGCUUCACGUUGCUGGGGAGCUCAAGCUGCGCGUCGCGGCUCACUUCCUCGUCCUACCCACGGGCGACGCGGAGACGGAGAGGGCUCAGGUCGAGCACGCCAGCAAGCUGCACCAAAGUUAUAAUCUCACCACAUCGCCCGACUUGAGAGUCGCCGGGAUAAAAAUCAUCUGCGACGGCGUGGUGGACGCAUGCACCGCCGCCGUGUCCAAGCCGUACCAAACGACGGGCAAGACUGUGCAGCCCAUCUGGACGCCCGAGGCUCUGCAGCGUGUGCUUGCUGCGGCAGACGGCUCUGGACUGCAAUGCGCCCUCCAUGCCAUAGGGGACGAGGCGGUGACACUGGCCGUCGACGGCCUCGAGUCGUUGGGUACAACGGGGAGGCGUCACCGCAUCGAGCAUCUCGAGCUGACCAAGCCCGAGGAUGCCCGUCGCCUGGGCCGGCUGGGCAUCACGGCUUCCGUCCAGCCCGUGCACUGCGACCCGGAGCAGAACACUCUCUGGCCACCUUUGAUUGGUAAAGAUCUUUACACCAGAGCGUUCGCAUACAGGGAAUUCCUCGAUGCCGGGGCUAAUCUUGCCAUCGGGACGGAUGCGCCCACGGCACCGCACCAGCCGUGGAACAACCUCUUCAACGCCACGACCCGCAGGACGUACCAGCGGCCGCACGACAAAGAAACGUGCAAUGAGCACUUCAAGCUCGACUUGGUGGAAGCCCUGGCUGCCUCUAGUAUGGGGAGUGCCUACUCGUGCUUUGCGGAGAACAUGGUCGGGAGCCUGGCGGCUGGGAAACGGGCGGACUUUAUUGUCCUGGACGGGGUCGGUGACUGGAGACAUGAUCCUGCCUCUCUCCUCACCUGUAGAGUAGUUGGCACCUGGCUGGAUGGACGGCCUGUUUGGAAUGACUUGGGGUGA